AUGUUAAAAAAGAAUGGCUUUGAAGUUUUCCUUAUUGAUGAAUUUAGAACGUCAUCCUUCUGCCCAGAUUGUGAACAGUCGUUGAAAAAAAUUCAAACUAUUACAAGCCUACGGCCAUACAGACGCAAAGAAACACCAACCAUCAUCUGUUAUGGUUUACUUGGAUAUGAGAACGUGAAUUGUUUGAUAGAGUACAAAGAUGGAGGCAUUGCUGAGAGGAAAUUAUGGAACAGGGAUUUGGCAGCAGUUCUUAAUUUUAAGAAAAUAUUGGAAAGCCUU